AAGAAAAAGAAGCGGAUGGCUUCUCAACAAGAAAGAGAGAUACUCGACGCCAGGGCAAGGCAGGGAGAAACGGUUGUUCCCGGUGGAACUGGCGGCAAGAGUCUCGAAGCUCAAGAGAACCUUGCAGAAGGGAGGAGUCGUGGAGGACAAACAAGGAAGGAGCAGAUAGGAAGUGAGGGCUACCAGGAAAUGGGCCGAAAAGGCGGUCUCAGUAGCAUCGACAAGUCCGGUGGUGAGCGGGCAACCGAGGAAGUAAUCGGCAUCGACGAGUCCAAAUACAGAACUAGGACUAAUGCCCCAUAA